AUGAGCAAAAGGAGGCCUUCACCGUAUCUACCUCUGGUUUACCCCCUUAUUCUCGUCCUCGGUUCUUUCUACUCCAUUAUCUCUCCCGCUGCGUUCCCGCCACCUGCGACGCCGCUCGCAGCAGGGCUUGCCUCCGAUCUGAACGCCCCACCGAGCAACUAUUUCUCUGGGAAGAAGAAUGUCUUCAACCUCUACUUUGUCAAGAUUGGCUGGUUUUGGACGACACUGGCCUUCACUCUACUGCAAUUCACCACCCGACCGCCUCCUGCGAACACACAAAAGCACUACAUGCAAGCAACUCUCCGUUAUGUUCUUAUCACUUUGUCGUGGUAUCUGACCACACAAUGGUUCUUCGGCCCUGCCCUGAUUGAUCGAAGUUUCACUAUCACUGGGGGCCAAUGUGAGCCCCAGUUUUACAAUGAGGCAGGAUUGCAAGAGACGCUGGACCUCAAGUUUAUCUCGUCUGGCCCAGCCUGUAAAGUAGCAGGUGGGACUUGGCGCGGAGGAUAUGACAUUUCAGGUCACGUUUUCAUGCUCGUUCUAUCCUCAGCGUUCCUCCUCUAUGAGCUUUACAUCGCCGAUCGGCAUUCUUCACAUCCCUCGGUUUCCCCACAAGCCGCAGCGAGGUUGGCGCAUGAUUUGACCGAAGAGGAACGGAACGCUGUAGGAGGAUGGGAACCAGAGUGGAUUGCAAGAGUUCGAGUAUGGUCUCGGUAUCUUCUUUACCUUGUUGUUAUUCUCGAUCUGUGGAUGCUCAUGAUGACUGCGAUAUGGUUUCAUACCUGGCUGGAGAAAGCGAGUGGCCUCGUCCUGGCAGGCUUCACCGUUUGGGGCACCUACUUUCUCGGCGACCUUGCGGAGGGCUGGAAAGCGAUUGUUGGAGGAUUAUGA